AACAAAAACUUUCGUUUACUUGUGAUCCGGUGAUCCUUGCGAUAUUAGGUAUUUACUCGAAGUAUUUACUAAGUUGUUUUAUUCUAAUAAUCUGUAAUUUUUGUUAUGCUGCCUGUUUGAAAUGAGCUCUUCCGAGAUGCUAAUGCCGGACCAUUGUCGUUGCUGUUUGAUAAAAAACAACAGCAAUGUUUACUAUGUGUUUGGAAUGCUGGCCGAGUUCGAGAGCAAAAUUUGUGAUUUGAUAGCAAACUGCACAGGAAUUACGAUUACAGAGGAUGACCCGUUCCCGAAAAAUAUUUGUGCGAACUGCUUCAAUGAUUUGGUCAAGGCAACGCGGUACCGAAUUCGUUGCACCCGGUCACAGGGUAUCUUGCGCAAUAACCAAAUGUUUCAGGACUCGACGAGCGACAAUCGCUCGAAUGAUAAUAAACUAAAACCACUCAGUGGACCUGUUGAAGAAAUUAUUUUCGAACAGGUCUUAGAGACGCCGGGUGAACCAACUAAGGUUCAGUUGAGAACUUUCCCCUUACCAGCCGAAGCACCAUUAGGCAAUAGGAAAAAAGUAAAAAGAAAGUCGAAUUCUGCUGCUGCUAUUGAUCCGGAGCAGAUGCCAUUCGCCUGCCAGGAGUGCGGUAGAGGGUUUUCAUCGCGGGCUGCACUCGCUUCGCACAUGCGAGUGCAUCCGAAAGUAACCUGCGAUAUAUGCUGUGCUGAGUUUCAAGGUGAUGCUCAACUUGCCGCCCACCGAACUCUACACCCGGAGUCCCAAGAAGUCAACAACACAAAGGAAGUAAUCGAAGGUGACGCCAAUCCACCUCUCGACCGGAAGCAUCUAUGUAAAACCUGUGGGGAAAGCUUCACUUCAUUGGAACUACUAACUAACCACAAACGCAUCCAUACGAAAAAAGCGAUAAAGAAAUGUGAGCUUUGUGGUAAGAAGUUCAUCACACUACCUCGAUUCCUGCUGCACAUGCGUACUCACGCCGACGGCAAAGUCGAGCAAUGUAAAGGAUGUGGUAAAACAUUCCACUCUAAGGGAAAGCUUUCUCGUCACCAGUGCAGGCGAGCUGGUAAACUGCCUAAUCAGUGUCUCACCUGUAUGGAAGUAUUCCCAGACCAAAUUGGUCUAAGAAGACACCGAAGUAUACACGUCGUAGAUCGACCGUUUAAAUGCGAGUACUGUGGUAAGGCGUUUAUUAAAAAUUGCACUCUCAAGUUCCAUAUGCGCUAUCAUACCGGGGAAAAGGUAUACCCAUGCGAAAUUUGUGGCAAACGAUUCCUGCAUAUGCAUCGGCUUCAAAUGCAUAUUCAAGCGCAUAACGAUCCUAACAACACAGUCUUUAAGUGUACUCUUUGUGACAAAGAGUUCUCAAGACAAACGGAACUUAAUCGGCACACACGAUGGCACAACGGUGAACUACCGCACGAGUGCACUGCAUGUGGUAAAUUUUUCCGCGAGCACCGUCAGUUGGUGAAGCACGAACGCACUCACACCGGAGAAAAACCAUACCGGUGCGAUCUUUGCAAUAAAUCGUUCCACUGUUCAAAUAUCCUCAUCAAGCAUAGAGCCCGUCACGCCAAUCCAGUUAUAACACACGAGUGUGAAGUCUGCGGCAAUGUGUUCGCUAGGGCUAACUAUCUGGCAUUUCAUAUGGUAAAACAUACCAAGGGCAAGCAGCAAGGUACCACCAGCGAUAGCCAGCCUGUCGUUGAGAAGCAGCCAACUACUGGUCGGAAGGAUGUUUAUUACUUUUAGGUUGAGGUUUGAAUUUGAGUAGUAACACCUAAUAAUAAAUUUUGUAAAACAGUAUAGGAAAAAGGUUUUUCGAUAUAUGGCUCCUUUCCUAAAUUGAUAGUGUGAGGAUUCGAACGUUAAAUUCGUUGAAUUACUUCUCCGAAUACAGGGGUGGCAUUACGCAUCUCGAUUCGAUCAAAAUUCUAUCGACUCGACCUUGUUUCGCAUUAUGUAUUUCGAACCGAGCUCGAAAGUAAAUUUUCGUUCGAGUUCGCUCGAAGAAGUACUAGAUUAUCGAGAAGUGUUGGCAUUAUGGAACCAUAACAAUCGAACUCGAAAGCGACUCGAGUCGAACGUAUUUGCUCGAUAGUUUGAUUACUGUCGACUGUCGUUCGAGAUUAUGAUUUGUGUUUUUAUUUCGGAAUACUUAGAGAAUAUAAAAUUACCAAAAGGUGUAAAAAGCUCCCACGUACUUUGAGUUACUUUAUGUUAUAUCUAUUUUCACCAUCAGGAACAUACCUUUUUUGGAAGAA